AUGGCACCACCCCCAAGAUGGUCAAUGUUUCCAGAUCAUCAUUCUGAAGUAGCAGACCUGCUAGAAGAAGACAACCUCUACUUCACCUUCCACCACGGCGACAAAGAAACGGGCCACAUCAAAGGCUACGACACCAAUGUCAUGGGUCGCUUUCAGUGCCCUAAUCCAAACUACAAUGAACAAGGGUGGAGCAGCAAGAAGAUUGCGGUUUGGAUUCGUCUUUACUCUGGCAAGAGGUACAACGCCAGGGUCUUUCAUCAGCGAUGCAAGUCUUGCAACUGGGUUAGCCGUCCAACUCUCGAUGAUUCUUAUGCAGAACGAGUUGCAUACCGUCUAAAGAAGUGGUCGAAUGUUGAGGUUGAGCGGCCGUUUUACGGUGGAAAGAAGGGAAAGCCUCACAAGAGCGAGUUGUGCGAGGGAUGUAAGAAUGGCCAUUGCGCGGAAGGAGAUUUAGAAGAGUUGAUGGGGUCAUUGUCGUUGUUUUGA